CAGGCGCGGUGCAUUGUGGGAAUGGACGCUGUGGUUAUAGAGGAUGCUAACGUGUGCUAGCUGAACCGCAGGAAGGAAAAACAUAACACAGAAAGAAUAUUCAUUUAAAGGAUGUUCCUGACUCUGGCUCUGAUGCGGAAGGGAAUUCCAGGCCGACAGUGGAUUGGGAAAUGGCGCAGACCACGCCACGUCACCUGGCAGAUGAAGCGGAACAUGGUGGAGCGACUGGAGCGCGAGGCUCAGAAUGAGUACUGGCUGAGCCGACCUUACCUGACCCUGGAGCAGGAGAGAGGCCACGCCCAAGCUCGCCGCAAACUUGUCUGGGAGACCAUCCGCAAUGCGCGCCAGUCUGCCUUCCCCCAGCACACCUCCAUAACUGAACACCUGCAGCACCUCAACAUUACUCGCACCUGGAGAUAACACACACACACACACACACACACACACACGGAAUGUUUUCUUAAUAAAGUACUGGUCCACUGUUAA